GAUACGCCGCGGGCGCACGGCCGCUAGCGGGUAGGCCUGAGAGCCGAGGAAAACUGCGCGUGGGCCUCAGAAAGACGUUAGGGCACCCGCGAGCCGGGCAACCGCCGUCCGGAGUGAUUAAAGUGAAGAAACAAUGGCCAGCAAUCACAAAUCUUCAGCAGCUCGCCCUGUUUCAAGAGGUGCAGUUGGGUUAACAGGAAGGCCUCCUUCUGGGAUACGACCCCUAUCAGGAAAUAUUCGAGUGGCAACUGCAAUGCCACCUGGGACAGCAAGACCAGGUUCUCGUGGUUGUCCCAUAGGGACUGGUGGAGUUCUGUCUUCUCAAAUCAAAGUUGCCAGUCGCCCUGUAACACAACAAGGUUUGACUGGAAUGAAAACUGGGAGGAAAGGUCCCCAGAGGCAAAUUUUAGACAAAUCUUACUAUCUUGGGCUUCUUAGAAGUAAAAUAAGUGAACUUACACCUGAAGUUAAUAAACUUCAGAAGGAAAUAGAAAUGUACAAUCAAGAGAAUUCAGUAUAUUUGUCAUAUGAAAAGAGGGCUGAGACUUUAGCUGUUGAAAUAAAAGAGCUUCAAGGACAACUAGCAGACUACAACAUGGUGGUAGAUAAACUUAAUACCAACACUGAAAUGGAAGAAGUAAUGAAGGAUUUCAAUAUGCUUAAAGCUCAAAAUGAUCGAGAAACACAAAGUAUAGAUGUCAUAUUUACUGAAAGACAAGCGAAAGAAAAACAAAUCAGAAGUGUAGAAGAAGAAAUUGAACAGGAAAAACAAGCAGCAGAUGACAUUAUCAAAAAUAUGUCUCUUGAAAACCAAGUCAAGUACGUAGAGAUGAAAACCACAAAUGAGAAACUGUUACAGGAAUUAGAUACACUUCAACAACAAUUGGAUUCACAGAACAUGAAAAAAGAGAGCCUGGAAGCAGAAAUAGCUCACUCCCAGGUGAAACAGGAGGCGGUAUUGCUGCAUGAAAAACUUUAUGAGUUGGAGUCCCAUCGAGAUCAAAUGAUUGCAGAAGACAAAAGCAUAGGAUCUCCAAUGGAAGAGAGAGAGAAAUUACUUAAGCAGAUUAAAGACGAUACUCAGGAAAUAGCCUGCAUGGAAAGACAGUUAACAGAUAUAAAAGAAAAGAUAGAUCAGUUUAAUGAAGAAAUUAGACAACUUGACAUGGAUUUAGAGGAACACCAAGGUGAAAUGAACCAGAAAUACAAGGAGCUAAAGAAAAGGGAGGAACGUAUGGAUGCUUUUCUUGAGACUUUUGAGGAAACAAAGAAUCAGGAACAGGAACAAAAGGCACAGAUAGAAGCCAACAUUGUUGCACUCUUGGAGCACUGUAGUCGAAAUAUAAAUCGUAUGAAACAGAUACCCUCUAUCAGCAAUCAAGAGCUAAAGAUGAUGCAGGAUGACCUCAAUUUUAAAUCUACUGAAGUGCAGAAGUCACAAAGUACAGUUCAGAAUUUGACUUCAGAGAGUCAGCGUCUGCAGUUGGAUCUGCAGAAAAUGGAGCAUCUAGAAAGUAAGAUGACUGAAGAACAGCAUUCUCUAAAAAGCAAAAUUAAGCAAAUGACAACUGAUCUGGAGACAUAUAAUGAUUUGCCAGCUUUAAAAUCAUCAGGUGAAGAAAAGGAAAAGAAAUUACAUCAGGAGAGAAUGAUAUUAUCAACCCGCAGAAAUGCCUUUAAGAAAAUAAUGGAGAAGCUAAACAUAGAAUAUGAGUCACUAAAAACACAAUUGCAAGAAAAUGAGACACAUUCUCAGCUUACAAAUUUGGAGAGAAAGUGGCAACACCUUGAGCAAAAUAAUUUUGUGAUGAAAGAAUUCAUAGCAACCAAGAGUCAAGAGAGUGAUUACCAGCCAAUUAAGAAAAAUGUGACCAAGCAGAUUGCAGAGUACAAUAAAACCAUCGUGGAUGCUUUACAUAGCACCAGCGGAAACUGAGUUUAAUUCAACUGAAAGUCUCUAAGGAAGUGUCCUCUUGCUGCUAAACUUGGUACAAGUUGACUACAAAAGAAAAAAAAAAAAGCUUACCUUUGGAGUUUACCUAAAAUUUCUGAAUGUUGUAAUUUUUGUGGCCUCUUUUAAGAAUGAUAUUUUAAAAUAGUAAAUAGUUCAGUAAAUGGUUUGCAUAUUAAAAAGUA